AUGCGUACAUCACCCUUCUCAUUGGAUCCAAACCUGAAUACAGAGGAUAUGAUUAAUGCCUCGCAUGACGUUAUGGAAAUGACAGAUGACUCGGAAAAUGAGAACGGUCCAGCAUCUCAAGCAAGACCAGCUGCUAAUACCACACGUGCGCGUGCUCCUCCUCUGCAUGCCUCAACUUCAGGUGCUCGUGGCCCUGCUAUCCCUGCUCCCCCGACUACUCCUGCUUUUAUUGCUGCUCCUGCCGCUGCAGUCGACUAUUUUAGGCCAGCCCGCCCAUUGAAACUGUCACUCCCCAAAUUGCGGCGGGCAGAUGCCCGCCUCUUAUUGCCUGAAUCCUGCUACAACGUGAUAAUAAACGCCUCAAUAUAUAUGUCACUUAAAUCAUAUCUUGUGGGCCUUGGAGAAACAGAAGAUGCGAACUUUCCAUGGUGGAGGGUCAUCCAAGACUUUGUCCACUUGUAUUUUGAACACUUUGACCAUCAGUACCCGGUUGUUCACCCAUACGCACUAGAAUUCGGGCAUGACAGAACCUCCUGGAUGGUACUUCUAGCAGUGGUCACUGUUGGGAGUCAAUAUAGCGCUUUCAGCAAUGCCAAUCUGUUCUCAGCAGCUUUCGGGGAGAUGCUUUCUUAUGCAAUAACACAAAACCGACCUCAAUCACCCGAAUCAACAACUUUAUCCUAUGGACAAAGCGUAUUUCUUAGCCAUAUCUGCCUGAUGUUUGACGGGUCGCACAAGGCGCAGUUGAAGCUGCAGCUCCACGACAGUGGAAAGCCUGGCUGGCAAGAGAAUCUCGUAUACGUUUACUUCAUUGUAUCUUUCAACUCGAAUGUCUUCACCUCAUUUUAUUUGAUCGUCAGCCAAUAUUUUGGCAGCAUGAUCUCCCCCAGGAGUUCCCCUGUCGCCAAUCGUUAUGGUGUCGGAGGAGUGCUGACAAUUUCGUCCUUGUAUACCAAUCAACUACAAUCUCCAUCUACUCAACUUGAUGUCAGAAAAGCCAGUGAAAUAAUGGCGGGGAUGGAUGCUUAUCGCCGAAGUCUCUACAUGCUCUCUCUUUACACCGAAGAGAGACUGUUCCUUGACAAAAUGUCAUAUUCUUCCAUCUGGAAAUCCAGCCUAAGCUCUCAAAACCCUAGCCUGCCAGUCCAGGAACAAUGGGCCAAUAUUACAUCAAACCCUUCAGCUCUGCGCGGGAUGAUGUUUCAGUCGAUGGACGAAGUAUUUGCCGCCAUUCCCAUCUCAGCCAAACCCGACUAUAUUGCUGCUCGAGAUGUGAUUCAUCACGCACUAUCCCUACUUCGGCUAGUAUCACUUCAUAUGCUCGAGUCAUUCUCAGGGUGGCAAGGCAAUGACGCUGCUAUCCAUAUAUCAGCAAAUAACCUGAAGCAUUGGAUGGAGAAUGAUGCAUCUAGUGCCAGGAAAUGCCUAUGGCAUGCUGUAUGUGUUUACAGCACAUUGAAAUUGAAGGAGAAAUUUGCAUGUCAUGAUCCUCUCUUUUUCCUCAUCUCUUUCUUCUACAUAUGGGCAUUCGACACCCUCGUGGUUGCUCCUGAAAUGGAAAACCCCGAGGCUUCAACCACUGAGGUCCGAUUGUUAACCACCAGGGAAAUUCACAUUUGGAUCGCUGAAGGCCCAAAUACCCGGCUCAAUCUGGUUGGUGUUGGUAGUCUGACCGGCAGGGAAAGCUCUUUACGUCUAGCCACUGAGGUGUCCCAGAUCUUCUCAAAGCGCAAGUCCUGGGCUGGGCUUUGCCGCGGCCUUGCAUCUGCAGUUGAUGGAAUCAUAAGAAAGCUGACAAUUCCUCAAGGAAUACCUCAAGGAGUACCCCAGGGAAUACCACAGGGAAUACAUCAGGGGGUGCCUCAAGGAGUACCACAAGGAGUACCCCAGGGAGCACCCCAAGGGCUACCUCAGGGACCGCCUCAGGGACCGCCUCAAGACGUGCCUCAAGAAGUGCCCCAGGGAAUGCCCCAGGAAGCACCCCAAGGGACCCGUCAAGGUACCAGCGAUAGCGAAGUGGCUUGA